AUGGACGGGCCGCCCUUCAGUGAGGUGGCCUUGGACCAGGCGCUAGCCGCGCCGUGCGAGCUGGACGUUGCGCUGUUGACCGACAUCGAAGGUGCGGUUGGAAAUGGUCGGGGCAGGGCGGGCCGCCUGGACGCCCCAAGUGGGCGCGGGCUGAGCCGUGGAACCAUGGACUGCACAUUCGAAGACAUGCUUCAACUCAUCAACAACCAGGACAGUGACUUUCCGGGCCUGUUUGACACCCCUUAUGCUGGGGAUGGGGCAGGGGGCACAGAGCUGCCCAGUUCCAAUGCCAGCUCCCCCAGCAGUUUGUCCCUGCCGCCUGCCAUGCUGGGCUCCCCACUUGAAGGCCUCCUGGGGGGCUCCAAGGCUACAGCACCCCUACCCCAGUCUCCUUCCCAGACUCCACCCACCCCAUUGAAGAUGUACCCAUCUGUGCCCGCAUUCUCCCCUGGUCCUGGUAUCAAGGAGGAGGCAGUGCCACUAAGCAUCCUGCAGACCCCUGUCCCGAAACCUCAGCCCGGGGCCCUGCUGGCCCAGAGCUUCCAGGGCCCGGCCCCACCCCCGCCACUAGGCAGUUCGAUCCCUGUGGUGGGCUACUCCAGCCCUGCUGCAGACUUCUCUACAGGCACCCCUUCAGUGAGCUCCCAGCAGAUGCUGACUGGCCAACCCCAGGCUUCCCUACCAGGAGCACCACCUGGCUCCAUGCACACCCAGGUCCAGAGUACUGCUCCCCAGCAGCUUCUGACAGCCACAGCGGCCCCUAGAACGACCACUGUGGCCUCACAGAUCCAGCAGGUCCCAGUCCUGCUUCAACCUCACUUCAUCAAGGCUGACUCACUGCUUCUGACAACCAUGAAGACAGACGGAGCCACUGUGAAGACGGCAGGCAUUGCCUCGCUGGCCCCCAGUGCCGCCAUGCAGACCGGGCCCUUGCAGACCCUGGUGAGCAGUGGGACCAUCCUGGCCACAUUGCCACUGGUCAUGGACACGGACAAGCUGCCCAUCAACCGCCUGGCAGCCAGUGGCAAGGCUCCUGGUGUGGCCCAGAGCCGUGGUGAGAAGCGCACAGCCCACAAUGCCAUCGAGAAGCGCUAUCGCUCUUCCAUCAAUGAUAAGAUCAUAGAGCUCAAGGACCUGGUUGUGGGCACUGAGGCGAAGCUGAAUAAAUCAGCUGUCUUGCGCAAGGCCAUCGACUACAUCCGCUUCCUACAACAUAGCAACCAGAAACUCAAGCAGGAAAAUCUGAGUCUGCGGACUGCUGCCCACAAGAGCAAAUCUCUGAAAGAUUUGGUGUCCACAUGUGUCGGGGGAAGUACAGAUGUGCCCAUGGAAGGCGUAAAGCCAGAAGUGCUGGACAUACUGACUCCACCGCCCUCGGAUGCCGGCUCACCCUCCCAAAGCAGCCCACUGACCCUUGGUAGCAGGGGCAGUGGUGGUGGCAGUGACUCAGAGUCCGACAACCUGGUCUUGGAGGACAGCCAGGUGGGGCCCCGUGGCACUGAGCCCUGUCCUCCUCCAAAGAUCCCCUCUGAACACCACCGGGGUCUGCUGGACCGCUCCCGCCUGGCUCUGUGUGCCCUCGGCUUUCUCUGUCUGUCAUGCAACCCCUUGGCUUCCCUACUGGGUGGGCGGGGCCUCCCUGACCCUCCGGAUGCCACCAGUGUCUACCAUGGUUCUGGACGCAAUGUGCUGGGCACUGAGGCCAGAGACAGCUUUGGCUGGGCCCAGUGGCUGCUGCCCACACUCGUCUGGCUGAUUAAUGGGCUACUGGUGCUAGGCUUCUUAGCACUGCUUUUUGUCUACGGUGAGCCAGUCACACGACCGCACUCAGGCCCCGCUGUACACUUCUGGAGGCACCGCAAGCAGGCCGACAUGGACCUAGCCCGGGGGGACUUUGUCCAGGCUUCCCAGCAGCUGUGGUUAGCCCUCCGGGUGCUGGGCAGGCCCCUACCCACCUCCCACCUGGACCUGGCUUGUAGCCUGCUCUGGAACCUCAUAAGACACCUGCUGCAACAUCUCUGGGUGGGCCGCUGGCUGGCCAGCCGGGCAGGUGGCCUGCGAAAUGGUGGCUCCUUGCAGGCAGAUGCAUGUGCCAGCGCCCGGGAUGCCGCCCUGGCCUACCAUCAACUCCACCAGCUGCACACCAUGGGGAAAUACGUUGGUGGACACCUUACUGCCAUCAACCUGGCACUAGGCGCCCUGAACCUGGCCGAAUGUGCGGGUGACUCGGUAUCCGUGGCAACGCUGGCCGAGAUCUAUGUGGCAGCUGCCCUGAGGGUCAAGACCAGUUUCCCUCGGUCCUUACAUUUCCUAACUGGCUUCUUCUUGAGCAGCGCCCGGCAGGCCUGCCUGGCUCACAGUGGCUCCGUGCCUCUCGCCAUGCAGUGGCUUUGCCAUCCUGUGGGCCACCGUUUCUUUGUGGAUGGGGACUGGGCUGUGCACAGCACGCAGAGGGAGAGCCUGUAUAGCUUGGCUGGGAACCCAGUGGACCCCCUGGCCCAGGUGACUCAACUGUUCCGUGAACAUCUCCUGGAGCGAGCCCUGAACUGUGUGGCCCAGCCCAGUCCUGGCCCUGCAUUAGCUGAUGGGGACCAGGAUGCCCUUGGGUACCUGCAGCUGCUUAACAGCUGUUCGGACGCCGUUGUGUCUCCCGCUUGCAGCCUGUCCAUUAGCCCCAGCGAGGCCAGCCCUGGCACUGACCCUGUGGCCAAGUGGUGGGCUGCAUUGGUUGCUGUGGCGAUCCAUUGGUUGCGGCGGGACGAGGAGGCAGCUGAGCGGCUGAGCCCACUGGUGGAACGUCUGCCUCGAGUCCUACAGGAAUCCGAGAGAGCCCUACCCAGGGCAGCCCUGCAUGCUUUCAAGGCUGCUCGGGCCCUGCUGAGUCACAGUAAGGCAGAGUCGGGGCCAGCCAGUCUGGCCUUCUGUGAGAAGGCUAGUGGGUACUUGCGAGACAGCCUGGACACCAUGCCAGCUGGCAGCUCCAUUGACAAGGCUGUCCAUCUGCUCCUGUGUGAUCUGCUCCUUGUGGCACGCACAUGCCUGUGGCGACAGCAACAGCCACCAGCUCCAGCACAGGCCUCCCCGGGGAGAGGCGGUGGACCCCAGGCCUCUGCCUUGGAGCUACGUGGCUUCCAGCAGGACCUGAGCAAUCUGCGGAGACUGGCACAGAACUUCCGGCCAGCCAUGCGGCGCGUGUUCCUGCAUGAGGCCACAGCCCGGCUGAUGGCAGGGGCCAGCCCCACGCGCACUCACCAGCUCCUGGACCGCAGUCUGCGACGGCGGGCAGGCCUGGGGGGCAAAGGAGGCGCAGCGACAGACCUGGAGCCACGGCCUACGAGGCGGGAGCACGCUGAAGCCCUGCUGUUGGCCUCCUGCUACCUGCCACCCGGCUUCCUGUCAGCUCCCGGGCAGCGCGUGGGCAUGCUCGCUGAGGCGGCCCGCACGCUCGAGAAGCUUGGUGACCGCCGGCUGCUGCAUGACUGUCAGCAGAUGCUCCUGCGCUUGGGCGGCGGGACCACUGUCACCUCCAGCUAG